AUGGGGCACGCAGUUACCGAUGCGCCGCGGCAAGCGACCCGCGAAGAGAUGCGGGAUGCGAAGCUGCCCAUCCAGUACCGUGACAGCUGCGCCAACCUCCUGAUCCCCCUCAAUCGAUGCCGAUUCGAGACCUACUAUCUCCCAUGGAAGUGUGAGGACGAGAGGCACAGCUACGAGAAGUGCCAAUACGUCGAGUUCAAGAAGCGAGUGGCCAAGAUGAACGAGCUGAGGGAAGCAAAGGGCGGCGCGAGGAGCAACUAG